GACAGAUACAUCAGAAUGCAGAUCCCUGCCGCUUGGACACUCGUGGGACUCUGCUGCCUGGUGGCAGUCACCUACUCCGCACAGCUGGCUCCCCUUCGAGCUGCCGCUGCUGCGCCCAGACCCGGGCCACCGCCCAGCACUCUGGCCCUAGAGCUGCGUAGCAUCUUCCGGCAGAUACCCAGGAAGCAGAUCGAGAAACUCGUGCAGGCCUACAUCCUCAACGACGAGGAGUUCCAGGGUGUCGUCAGGGACAUCAACUCCCUGCAGGCCUACCGUCUCAGUCGCCAGUUGGCGGCGCAGCCCGAGGUGCGGCAACUGCUGCAGUGGCUCUCCCAGCAGCUGAUUCUCUCGGGCAGCUCCCUGAAGAUCUUCGAGGACUUGGAGCUGGAGAUCAAGGUGAUCAACAAGUAUCCGCAGGCCUCGCAGUUGGUGAACGGCAUCCGCGGCUUCGAGCUGGAGUUCUUCCAGAUCUAUCCGCUGGAGCUCAUCCGUUCCCUGCUGGAGCCCAGUGCCACACAGUCGAGUCCCGCUCUGGCGGAGCUCUGGCGGCGUCUGGUGGCCCUGCUGCCUGCCUACGAGCGCGUGACUGGCUCUCCAACGGGAAAACUGUUUAUCCAGAAGCUGCAGACCCGAGGCGUGGCUGUCCAGGAUGUGGAUGCCCUUAUACGGUAUCAGUUUGGCUGGAGCAAUGCCACUCUGGGGGGAGCAGAUUAUCCCGGCUACGAUUAUCUGUACUACUAGAGAAAGUCCACAACUAGACUCCGAAAGACACCCCCUUUGUUUUUUGCUUGCCUAAAAGUCCGUGUAUUAUAUUCUUAUACCACUUAUAAUCAUUUAAUCACCACUAUAUUCUGUGUAAAAUACACUCUAAAUAUACCACCUUCCAAUGGAA